AUGGCAGGAGAAGAUUCUUAUAUUAUGGGAGUAUCCGAUCCCCAAAUGUUUGCAGUGGAUCAGUUCAUGGGAAUGAAUGCAUUGUUUAAUAGUACAAAUUACAUCACUUCAGACUUACCACUACGAACAGCAGAUGGACCAUAUCUUCAAAUCAUAGAACAACCAAAACAGAGGGGGUUUCGUUUCCGAUAUGUAUGUGAAGGGCCUUCACAUGGUGGACUUCCUGGUGCUUCUAGUGAAAAGAACAAAAAAUCAUACCCUCAGGUCAAAAUCUGCAAUUAUGUUGGACCUGCAAAAGUCAUCGUCCAGUUAGUAACUAAUGGGAAAUAUGUCCACUUACAUGCUCACAGCUUGGUGGGUAAAUUUUGUGAAGAUGGAGUGUGCACAGUUAAUGCAGGACCUAAAGAUAUGGUUGUAGGGUUUGCAAAUCUUGGCAUCCUUCACGUCACAAAGAAGAAAGUGUUUGAGACUCUGGAAACACGCAUGAUAGAUGCUUGCAAGAAGGGAUACAACCCAGGACUCCUGGUGCAUCCUGAGCUGGGCUACCUGCAGGCAGAAGGAUGUGGAGACAGACAGCUCACUGAGCGAGAGAGGGAGAUUAUUCACCAGGCAGCAGUACAGCAGACUAAAGAGAUGGAUCUCAGCGUGGUGAGGCUAAUGUUCACAGCCUUUCUCCCUGACAGCAAUGGCAGUUUCACACGGAAACUUGAUCCUGUUAUAUCAGAUGCAAUAUAUGACAGCAAAGCUCCAAAUGCCUCCAACUUAAAAAUUGUAAGAAUGGACAGAACAGCAGGGUGUGUGACAGGUGGGGAAGAGAUUUACCUUCUCUGUGACAAGGUUCAAAAAGACGAUAUUCAAAUACGUUUCUAUGAAGAGGAUGAGAAUGGUGGUAUGUGGGAAGGCUUUGGAGAUUUUUCUCCUACAGAUGUACAUAGACAGUUUGCUAUUGUGUUCAAAACACCCAAGUACAGAGAUGUCAAUAUCACAAAACCUGCAUCUGUAUUCGUACAACUGCGUAGGAAAUCGGAUCUGGAGACAAGUGAACCAAAGCCUUUCCUCUACUAUCCAGAAAUCAAAGAUAAAGAAGAAGUGCAAAGGAAACGACAGAAGCUCAUGCCAAACUUCUCUGAUGGCUAUGGUGGAGGCAGUGGUGCUGGAGGUGGUGGCAUGUAUGGAGGGGGAGGUGGUGGUGCUGGCUCUGGGUUCAGUUAUCCUUCAUACGGGUACUCGGCUUUCGGAGGGAUGCAUUUCCACCCUGGCACGACUAAGUCCAAUGCUGGAAUGAAACAUGGACUAUCAAACAGCACAGCUGAACAAGACGGGAAGAGCUCUGAUAAACAAAGUGACAAAUGGGACAUGAACCAUGAUGUGGAGGUGGAAACCGUGGAGAGGACUGAGUGCAGAACAUCUGCUGAUAAUGAGAAGGAGGAGGAUGCUGCUUCUUGUAAAACUGAAGUCAAUGAGGCAGAUUGCAGGUGGCAGGAUGCUCUGUUCCUGGAGAAGGCAAUGCAGCUUGCCAAGCGUCACUGUAGUGCUCUCUUUGAUUAUGCUGUGACUGGAGAUGUGAAGAUGCUGUUGGCUGCUCAGCGCCAUCUCACUGCUGUCCAGGAUGAUAAUGGAGACAACGUCCUUCAUUUAGCAAUUAUCCAUCUUCAUACUGAGCUGGUGAAAAACCUCUUGGAAGUGAUGCCUGAUCUGAAUUACAACGACAUCAUUAACAUGAGAAAUGACCUCUAUCAGACCCCCUUGCACCUGGCAGUAAUCACAAAGCAGGCAGAGGUGGUAGAAGACCUGCUGAAGGCUGGAGCAGAUGUCAGCCUUCUGGAUCGCCAUGGUAAUUCUGUCUUACAUUUAGCUGCUACUGAAGGAGAUGACAAGAUUUUGGGUCUACUCCUCAAGCAUAAAGAGGUGUCUCCAAUGGUCGACCUUUCUAAUGGUGAAGGUCUCCAUGCAAUUCAUAUGGUGGUGAUGGCAAAUAGCAUGUCCUGCCUCAAACAGCUGAUUGCUGCUGGAGUUAAUGUCAAUGCUCAGGAACAAAAGUCUGGACGAACCGCGUUGCAUUUGGCUGUUGAACAGGAGAACAUCCCUUUGGCAGGCUGCCUUUUGCUUGAGGGUGAUGCAGAUGUGGACAGCACUACAUAUGAUGGGACAACUCCACUCCACAUAGCAGCUGGAAGGGGCUCUACAAAAUUAGCAGCAGUUCUCAAAGCAGCAGGUGCAAAUCCUCACAUUGAGAACUUUGAGCCACUGUUUGAUCUAGAUGAUGUGAAAGAUGGUGAAGAUGAUGAUGAUGAAGGGAUUGUGCCUGGAACAACACCACUGGAUAUGGCAGCCAACUGUGAGGUGUACAACAUAUUAAAUGGCAAACCCUACGAGUCAACAGAGGUUUUGGAGCACUUAGUGACACGAGGACGCUUGAGAGAGCUGAAUGAAAGUUCCAAGAUUCAGCUUUACAAACUAUUGGAAUCCCCCGAUCCAACCAAAAACUGGUCUACUCUAGCACAAAAACUGGGUCUUGGCAUACUUAAUAAUGCCUUCAGGUUGAGCCCUUCCCCAUCGAAAACUCUGCUAGAUAACUAUGAGGUUUCUGGUGGAACAGUUGAAGAGCUGAUUGCUGCUUUGAGACAGAUGGGUCACACAGAAGCCAUCGAAAUAAUUGAGGAAGCACUGUCCCUCUCACACAGCUCAUCUCACCUGGAGGACAGUACAGCAAAAGCUCCUCCGUUGUCGUCACCACUCACCUUUGCAAAUGGAGAGACAGGUGAGCUUUAUAACACCAACUUUCAAGACAGUGAAAGCACAUGUGACAGUGGUGUGGAGACCUCCUUCCGCAAACUGAGUUUUACUUACUCAGACUCUCUGAGCAGCAGGUCAGCACUAACACUUGGCAAAAUGGCCCUGGGCUAUGGACAUGAAAGUUCAGUGCAAAGCAAUUAUAUAGCUGACUAG